AUGCCCAUUCCCCUUGUCCAAUUCCCUGGAUUACCUCAAGAUGGGAACAGCAACAAUCUCUUUGCGCAAUGCAACAAGUUCCCCGGUCGCAGACUAGAGGCACUCGAAUGUUCAAACAUGGACCCCCUUGGAAGCAUGAAAAAUAUGCAUACGGCACACGGGACCAUUGCUUGGGAGCAGCAAAGACUGGCGAACCUCCGGUGA